AUGCGUGCAGCUCGCCAUGCAAGAAUUUGGCUCGGCAUUCAAAGCUUGCUUCUUGCGCUCCUCUGUGCCCUGCCUGCGGGCACGACAGCGCUCUCCCUUCUCGUGCACACAUCGGUCCCCUGCGUCGAGAAAGCUGCCGUCAUCAAUAGGCUUGAGGCUGUCUUUGGGUCGAGGCUCACCUUUGCCUGCACCAACAGUCCAAGCCGAGCCAUGGAAGCUCGAGCUAACAACGAGUAUGAUUUCCUUUGGAUGAAUCACUUUCACGCUGCAUGCGCCGUUGCCGAGCUAGACUGGGAGCCCUUUAUGGCCCUCAACAAAACAGCGCCUUAUCGGACCGCACGACAAGGCUACUCCCUCUGGCGCCUCGCCAAUCGAACUUUCACUGAUACCGGCGGCUCAUUCAGUGUCGGUACUAUGCAAGCCAGCUACUUUGCCAUGAUCGAGCUUCUCAAUCAAAUGGGCUCCUCCACAUAUCUUCUCGAUGCCCCCGUCCAGUCCCAAUAUUACAGCGAUAUCAACGUGGUUUUUGAGGCUCUUUCCAGCGGCGCUCUGGACUUUGCUGUGAUUCCAGCAUGUUUGGCGGAAGAGGCGGGUAUUGACGUGAGCCCCUUUGCCCUGCACGUGGCCAACGGAACGUUUGCCGAUCUUUAUGCUGGCUGCGCCGUCUCUUUUGGCUUUGAGGACGAGUACGACCAGAUUAUUGUGAAUAACCGCGUCCCUUCCUCGGACGUGGCCGCCAUUUUUGACGUUUUCAAUGCAACAACCUUUUUUACCAACAACAUAUCCUACAAUUGGGUUGAUGCUGCACUUGCUGUCGACUACACACGUGAACAAGUCUCUCAGUUGGAAAAGGCCUUCAUCAAAGCCACAGACAGUGGCAUGACGUGCCUCUUGGAUGGUCAUCCGGACUAUCUACACUGCGGGGGUGGUUUGCAAGGCCUGCCAGCUAAGCUCGAAGAGCGUGUGUGUCUCAACAUGGAGCUCGAGUGCCCUGUCUCAGCUGCGAGCUGCUUUUGUCAUUUUUGCCUCAACAGUUCCUCUCUACCCGGAUACGUCGCCAACAGCUCAAUUGCGCAAGACGAUCCAUUACAGUACGUGUCACAAGUUCUCAGUGGCAAUACCCACUGCCGCGAGCAAGAGAUUUGCGCUGAAUUUGUUGCCGGCAGCAAUGUGGCCCUUUACCUCGUGGAUCUGGAGGCCUCAUCGACCCCGACGACCCCAAGUGUCCGCAUGCGUAUGACCACAACACCUAGCGCUGAAGCACCGGUUUGGAUGCCAGCGACUGUCAUCGAUCCAGGCGUCGGCCUCUAUUCAGUUACUCUGGCCAACGCAACCUCACCGGGCGUUCUGGUCGUUGACGUCCGAGGCCAAGAAACCACCACCUCCUUCUGGUUCACCGUUUUGCCCAUGCCGUGUAAGGGUGAACUCGAAGUGCGGGUAGCCGAUGGGAGUUGUGGGUGCGCUGGGCAUGCCGUCCUGCUGGGAAAUAGUUGCCACGAGACGUGGAAGGUCACUCUUGGCUUUGUUCUGGGCAGCGUGGCCUUGCUCGCCAUGCUGCUGGUCAUUUUUGCGUACGUUGCACGUUGGCAUAACGACCGGAAAUGGCAAGUACAUCGUGAGGAUUUGAUUUUUACCAACCCGCCAACACGAAUCGGCGUGGGUCGGUUGGGUCCUGCCUUCAAGGCUGAGUAUCACAGCAUGGACGUUGUGGUCAAGGCCCUCAAUCCCUCCAAUUCGCACCGUGGCACGGGACAUACUCUGACGCGUCCCAUCACCCCGGGCAAUGGCGCGAGCACCAUACGGCGACGGAAUUCACGGCGUCGUGCCGAUACCGUUUAUGCCAAGGUACCCCAGCCCCUGCGGCGCCACGAGUCGCUGACUGCAAACCAUAGUAAUUUGAGCACCCUGAGCAGCAGUGAGGAGUAUGAUGUGGAAGACGGCAAGCAAAACUUGCAACUGCUUGCUGGCGGUCGUGUCAAGUCAUACUUUGCCAACGCAGAUUUUCGAUCACGCAUGCGGAUGCUCGUGCGCCUUAAACAUCCGAAUGUAAUCACCACCUUUGGCAUCAGCAUCGAUACCUUUUCGCCUUUUGUGGUGCUGGAAUACAUGGAGAAUCAAAGUGUUUAUCAGCUGCUUCACAAGAGCCGGACGCCCUUUUCCUCUGAAACCCUCAUGUCCAUGAUGCGUAACGUUGUCGAUGGCAUGUGCUACCUCCACGGACAUGAUCCGGUCAUCGUCCAUGGUCACCUGACAUCCAAGAAUGUGUUGGUGGAUAGCAACCUUCGAUGCAAAGUGUCUGAUUUUCUGGGCAUGUGUGAUACCCGCUGCUUGGUGCAUGAACAAGAUGCUGCGCUGGCACCAGAGGCGCGCCGCGGCGUGUUGAUCCCAGCCUGCGAUGUCUAUGCAUGGGCUGUGAUGACUUGGGAAAGUUUUACACGUAUUCCUUUGCGCACCACCGACUAUGAGACCGUGGGCCGCCACUUCAAUGAAUCCCUGACUGCCCCAGCCGAUGACUCGGAUGAAGAUGACAUUGAUGGCAACUACGCCUGGGAUCGGGCUACGCGCUUCAAAAAAGCCUUUGGUGCUGACCCGUUGGCCCUGAGCAUCCCUUCUGACAUUCGCAAACUCUUGCACGACUGCUCGAAGGAGAACCCGCACGAGCGCUUGGUCUUCAAAGAUGUGCAAACACGUCUCAAAACCUUCUCCAUGCGUUCUGUGGGUGCGGCGCUUGUCCAGCUGGGCGAAGAAGGUCAUCGUCAGGCCCGAGUUUUGCAACAGGUCUUUCCUAAACACGUUGCCGAUGCCCUCAAGGCCGGUGUCAAGCCUGAGAUCGAGGAAAUGGAAAAUGUCAGCGUCUUUUUCACGGACAUUUGUGGGUUCACCACCAUCAGCUCCAAACUCUCGGCUGCGCAAGUCUCAGACAUGUUGGAUCGCUUCUUCAGCCGCCUGGACAUUCUCAUCAAGGACCUCGACUUGUACAAGGUCGAUGUGAUUGGUGACUGCGUCAUUGUUGCUGGUAAUCUGUACCGGCACCAGGAGGAUCACGUGAGCCGGCUGUGUCGCUUUGCGCUGGGAGCCUUGAAGGCAGCCGAAGAAACUCCGAUUCUCGUUGGCUCCAACUACGGUCCUGUGCGCAUUCGCUGCGGUAUUCACGUGGGGCCUGUCGUCUGCAAUGUCAUUGGCAAGAUUUCACCCAAGUACACCUUGCUGGGUGAUACCAUGAACACAGCGUCACGCAUGGAGUCUUCAUCGCUGCCCGGUUACGCGCAACUCACUUCGGAGGCAGCCACCAUGCUCACCGAACAAGAUGCAGUCAUUGCAUCCCGCCUAGCGUUGCGUGGUGCAAUUCCUGUGAAGGGCAAGGGCGAGUUGAUUACUUACUGGCUGCUUCGACCCAAACAGGAGGCGCCCAUGACCGAUCAAUUGGCCGAGGGCUUGCCGACGCGCAGUGACCCAGAAGUGCUGGCCAAGGCCAGUGCGACUCCGCCCUCACCCAACGCGCUGGAUCAGAGGCACCGUAGUCUAUCUGACGCAGAGGGAAGCAAGAGCCGGCUGGCGCCAAGAGGGUCCUGGAGUGGACCCGAAACGCCGUUUCAUCGUCGUUCAAACGCACAGUUGACCCCAGAACCCCACGGCAUUGUUCGAAAAAUCUCUCCACGGGCCAGUUCUCGCAUCAAGCGUGCGCGUGGCAUGACCGUGCACCUCAUGGACAACGCCAGCGAGAUGGGCAGCAUGGCCCCCUCAACUCGAGGCAGCAGCAUUGAUUUUGACAUGUUUGACAGAUGCUCGCCCCUACCUCAUGCCAGCGCGUCCUAUACGCCACCAUCGGCCGGGCUGGGCAGUCAUGAUUCUGCGAACAGCGAUUUGCGGCAGCUUCACUGGGACUGGCGUCAUGAUUCAAAUGCCAGCUCUUCCGGUGCAGCACGGCGGCGCUUUUCGGAUCUCCCACGCUCGCGUCGUGGCACCACAAGUGCACAUCGCCCGUCGCUCUUGACACACACCAUGGACACUGUUGGCGAGGAGGAGGAGCCCAGGCCAAACAACAUGUCGGCGGGUUCGCAAGUGCCGCGGCAACGCAACAACAGUCGGUACACCGAGAGCGAGGGCUCAUCCGUGUAUGAGCGGCGCGAAACCGUUACCGCGCCAGAGGCUCGACGCUCAACCGAGUUUGAAAUGCCAGACUUUGAUCUCGGCUUAUCUCAUGAUCGACGAUCAUCCUCGUCUCUCAACAACCUCUCAUGGUCCAUGCCACGACCAAAUCGCACGUUUCGCGGCCUCACCUUGACCAACGGCUCCAUUGGUGAUACUGCUGAGGCGCAUGUCUGGCCGCCGCCAAGUCGCAUUCAGAAAAUGCUCAGUCAACAGGGCCCAUCGGCUCAGCCAUCUGCUCUGGCCAGUCCCUCCACCUCCUCUCAUAAGAUCGGCUCUCGUGGAUCGAGCCGGGAGAAAGGCAUCGCUCGUCGCGCGCGCGGUCGUUCCGUAAACAUGCAGAUGAUGGACCUGUUGCUGCAAGCACGCGCUUCUGGUACACUCUCGUCAUCAGAGGCGCUGUGCGCCAAGCUUCUGCGAGACAGCAGCAGCAAAAGAAAGAAUCGAUUCAAUUUUCGGAUUCGAGAGUCUUGA